GGGGUGCAGCGGGCGCGGGGCGAGGCGGGCCCGGGCCGGGGCGGGCGGCGGCGGCGGGGCCGCCCCGCAGCGAGGCGGAGCCGGCGGCCGCGCCCGACGGGGAGCGCGGCGGGGCGCGGAGCUGCCCCGGAGGAUGGGGCGGGCGGCGGCAGGCGCUGGGCUGGGGACUGUGUCUAUGUGGGGAAGCCUCCUGCUUGCUGCCAGCUUUGCCCUCGACCCAGCAGCGCAAAGCUGCAACUGCACGGAGCCCAUGGACUUCCAGGCUUUUCGGGAGGCUCCGCUUCCCGAGAGCUGCUGCCUCAACUUCACCAGCUCCAAUAUCACCCACCUGGACUGGGAAGUACUGGUAGGGGUGCGGGGGCUGCGGGAGCUUUACCUCUCACACUGCAGCAUCACAGCCAUCAGAAAUGCACAGGGAAUCCCCCCUGCCUUGGAGAUAUUGGACUUAAGUCACAACCUGCUAGAAAGUCUCCCGGGAAGCUUUCUGGAAGAUGCCCCUAGUUUGAGGGUCCUUCAUCUGGACAGCAACCAGCUCCAGGAGCUGCCCAGGUCCUUCCUGAAAGCAUCGACCCAGAUCCAGGAGGUCUACCUGGGCUUCAACGCCCUGACCUUUCUUCCCGCCAGCCUCCUGAAGCCAUCUCUGCUCCAUCUCCAGCUCUCCAACAACAGCUGGCACUGCAGCUGUGCUUUGCUCAGCAACCUGGAGGGUUGGCCCAGCCUGGCCACUGAGGUUAUCUGCCACGCACCAGAGCGGUAUCAUGGUGUGGAUCUCCAGAGCAUCUCCCGGGAUGAGCUGUGUCACUCGCACAGCCUCAUUGCCCUCUUCAUCUGCCUGCCCCCUCUCCUCAUCCUUGCUAGUGUCACCUGGUGCUUCUGCAGGCAGAAGAGAAAGACCAACUACAGCAUCCAGAGCAGGUCCCAAAGCCACCCAGCCAUGGCCGAGAGGGGCAAUGCACCGGUGCCUGCAGAGCCCCACCACUAUGUCCCCUAUGAGCUGCCUGCUGCCCCCUCUGGGAUUGAGAAGAAGGUCCUGCUCCAGCCCUCCAUGGACUUGCUGGAAAGCAGCAGGGACCUCUACGAGGAGGUGGAGAUCCGAGUGGGAUCCCCUAGCAGUUCCCAAGUGCCGGUUCAUGAAAGGCAGCAGGGCACAGAGCUGAGCAGGCAGCAGGACACCCCAACACCAAGGGCAGAGGAGCUGGGGGGCAGCGAGCCAGAGGUGGACGCUGUCAGCGUGAGCGAAGUGCUGAAGGACUCUGCUGACCGGGAGAAGAUGUACAUGAGUCAGUCAACCAACUAUUACAACUUGGUACCCGGCAUUGAGCUGGAGGACUCAGACAACCUGGAGUAUGAGAACAUCGACCUGCACUGACGCCAGGACUCAGGCUGUAUCGGGGGCACUCCAGGAGGGUGGCAGAAGCCAGGCAGUAGCCAGAGCUGGCAGAGCAGGAGAGGCACGAGCUGUCCUGCUGCGGCUUGCAGUGGCUGUUUGCAAAGCUGCACCCCCAAAUUCCCAUCCUUUCCCCUGCGCUACCACAUGCAUCGCUCACUUGCCACAUGCUGCAGCUGGACAAGGGGUGUAAGGGUCCUUUGGGCACUGGGGACCAUGCUGCAGCCUGGCAGUGUUUGGGGACACAUGGAUUGGCAGUGUCUGAAGAAGGAUGUGGAGAGGAGGUGGGAGCUGGUUUUGGGGACCUGGUGACAAUACUGUGUGUGCCAGACCCACUGACCAGGGUGUCCAUCCUCUCUUGCUGGAGCCAGAUGGCAUCUGGCACAGAGCUGCUGCUCCCCAGCCCCCAGAGAACAGGGUCUGGGCACGUGAAACAGGGCUGGCUCUGGCUGUGUGGUCUUCAGGGGGCUGCAUGCGGAUGGGGUGCCCUGGGCUUGGCAGUGGGAGGCUGAGUUGGCCCUGCCUUCUCCCCACCACACAUCCCAUUGUGUUCCACCGCAUGGCAUGGGGAAUUGAAAGAGCGAGUGCAUGUGUGCUGCUGCACACAUGAUUGUGCAUGCACACAUGUGUGUGAGGACUGUGCACGGGUGGGUGUGAGCAGGUGUGCAAGGCACAGACACCCAUGGGGAGGCACUGGAUGGCGUCCCUUGCAGCCUCCCCUACCUGAUGUGCUACAAAACCCUGUAAGAUCAAGCUCUCAAUAAGAAAUAAAUCAUUUUACUUCUGGUA